AUGCCGGCCACGAUCACCACCUCCUUGCGAGGUUGGCUCAAGCGCGAGCCCUCCCUGGUAGAGCAGCUCAGCCCAGAGUCAAACGACGUCCAGCCAGUUCGAAUCGCACUCAACCACUCCUCUUCGUACGACGAUGAUGAUGAGGUCAAACCGGUUACUCCAUUGUCGAGUCCUCCCCAUCUCGAGAAGAACCCGGGCCAGGUCAAAUCCGAGUCCGAGGGGGUGCACCACAUCCAGGAAAACAAUGCCUUCCUCGACGAGGCCGAUCUUGAUCCCGAAUUUCUCGAUGAGAACGGCAAAGAGGUAAAUGAAUGGGUCUGAAUGAAAUGAAUUGAGAUAUUUUUUGUCGGUCUAUGCUGCUCACAUUUAUCCGAUCGUCUCACUGCAGCGUCCUAUCGAGACCCCUCAAGAUUUUGCAACUCGGUGGGUCCUGCUGGCCGCAGGCGAUCAGAGUCGAUCGCGCCCGUCGUACUGACACCCGUUCCACUAUAUGCAGUCUCAUGUCACUUGAGGAUGAGACUUCGCUCAAAGUACACACCGUCCGAAUGUGGACCAUCGGGAUUAUUCUGACCGUCUGUGAGUACUCAGACGUUCAGACAAGAUCAUGCGAUCGUCGAAGCACUUGCUCAUGCAGACUUCACGUCCUCCCAAAAGUCGGUGGAGUUCUGGGAGAAGUCUUCAAAUUCCGGCCACAAGGAUUGGAUGUGUCAGCACUGUUCCGUGAGUCUCUGCGAUGUAAUAUCGUGAUGCUCGAAGAGCCUCUGGGGCUAAUUGGGCGCCUCCUACGCCAUUUUACACAAAUUGUCGCAUACAGUACGAAAUACCCUUCCAUCUAUCAAAAUGAACCAAGCUUGAAGCACCGAAGGACUCAUCUCAUCCCUCUCGCCUUGCACAGUUUUCGGUGUUGCCUGGUACAAGCUGCUCCCCAAAGCCGAGCGCGGCAAGUUCUGGGCUGUGCUCAACCCUGGCCCCUUCAACAUCAAGGAACACGUUUGCAUCACCGUCAUGGCCGGUGCCGGAGCUAUCGGAGCACUUGCGCUCCCCGCCUUUGCUGCCGAGAGGAUGUAUUGUGGGUUCUUAGCUAAUGGCCCGAGCGCAUCGCUUCGAUGACUGACAACAAAUCCGCCGGUUCGCAGAUGAUAUCGUGCCAAACAAGGCAAUGGCGAUCUUGACCCUGCUCUGUAAGUAAUAUAAAUUGAAGGGCCUCAUUUUCCUGGGAAGAAAAAGCAACUUCUAAUCCGGGGUUUUUUUUGACUGCAGCAUCGCAAUUCUUCGGCUACGGUCUCGCGGGCCUGUUCCGAUCGGUCGUGGUUUACCCCACGUAUGCGGUUUGGCCCGAGUUGAUCCCGACUGUGGCAUUGGUGGAUACACUUAAGUAAGCCGAUUCAGGCGAAUACACUCCACCCAGCUAUCCCCUGCGCAAUCAAAGGAUCACGAAGCUGAUAUUCCACCUUGAUCCGCGCAGCCGUGAUCAAAACCUGGCGGUUCAAAAGCAUCGAUACAAGGUCUUCUGGAUUGUGAGCAACCUGCCUGAACCAAAUAAAAAGCUCACACUUACAGUUUUAUUGCUGGCUCUUUCGCCCGUUUCCAUUGCAACAGGUCUUGGCCAUCGCCUUCGCUUGGGAAUGGUUUCCGCAGGUUAUUGCCCCGACCUUGACUGGUUUCAGUGUUUUCUGGUACGUCAGAGUGUGAUGAGUCAGUCGAGGAGUAUUUCGCUCAAUGUAGGAAUUCGUUGUUUGGCGGGGCACAGCCUUGCGAAUCGCACCAACUCCAACUUUACUCGACUGUUCGGAGGCACGACUGGAGCUGAGGGUCUCGGACUCUUCUCCGUCAGCUUGGAUUGGCUCUCAAUCACUUCGGGUCAGUCAAGGUUGUUUUGGGAAACAUGCUUAAGGAUGAGAAUAGUGGCUGACUUGCUCUUUAUCUUCUGACAGCCCCUCUCUUCCAACCAUGGGGCACGACCGUUUCUGAAGGAGGUGGAGUGGUGCUCGCUGCUAUCGUGUCAAUUGCCGGAUAGUGAGUUGUGUCCUCCCAUACUUCCGGGAAUAUACCGCCCAGCCGGACGGAUGUCUGAUAGACCACUCUGUUUGCUUGUAAAGCUAUGGCAACGUCUGGAACGUUCGAAAGCUCCCCCUGAUGGGCCAAACACUUUUCCACGAGGUAAGCAUUCUGCUAAACGAGCCCUGGGCCCACGCAUGCCAUUCGGGGGUGCCUUCACAUUGGUGUACUGGUUAGGCAACCAGGAUGGUUUACAACAUUCCUUAGGUUUCGAUGGCAUCCCCCGAGCUUCUAGUUGACGCUGCUGUGUAUUCAUUCUACGACUUUCUAGGAUGGCCGGCUUUACAACCAGAGUCUCAUUCUGGACUCGCAUAGUCGACUCAAUCAAACCGCCUUGGCAAUCCAGGGUAAGCCAUUGACGUGGCACCAAUUUUAGAAAGCGCAAUAACUGUUUGUUACCCACGAGGAUAGGUCUUCCAUCGUUCACGUGGACUCGUGCUGGUACGUCGGGCAAGGUGUAGCGCCACCUCACACGGACACUGACCUGGCAACAUUUUUCGCCCGUCAAGUGAUGAGCAUCGGUGUUAACCUGAGUAUUAGUGCCUCGAUUAUGCACGUCAUAUUGUGAGUGUCCUCGUCAAAAUAACACAUUUUUCAAGUCGCCUCUGACCAAAAUUCACCCAAUGCCUACUUGCGCCUGGUCAGAUGGUACCGCCCGAGGAUCCUCGAAGCCUGAAGGAGGUGGCGCGGCAAGGUCCAAAAUGACGCUCAUUACAUCAAGAUGCAAGCCUGUAAGCUCCCCCUCCUGACUGUUUUCAGAAAUGCACAAAUCGACUGAUGCGAGACCUCGUCUCCUGCAGAUCCAGAAUGCCCUACGUGGUGGUACUCCGUGACCGCUGUCCUAUCGUUCGCUCUCGCCCUCAUCUCGCUGUACCUUGCAAAGACCGGUAUGCCUUGGUACGCGCUCGUGGUCGGAUGUCUCUUUGCUCUGAUCUACACACCUGGUGAGUUCUAUUGGCUGUCAUCCGAUCAGGUAUGGAUGCUGGGAAUAACGAUGCCGAUUGGCAUCUUUUAAAGCAUUGCGCAGUCAUGUGCCUCCUCGCGUCCAUUACGGGAUUCGGGAUCUCGGGUGGAGCUCUCACACAAAUGUAAGCGGCGGGACUCUUCAUAACGUCCACUCAUGUUAUAAAUUCGAUUAACGCGAUGAUUGGUCAACAACAGGCUCGGCGCUGCACUGGUCCCGCACAACGCUCGAGCGAAUCUUUAUUUCCGUGUGAGUAGCCGUCAGUUUAGCAAAAGCAGAAGACGUAGUGCACGAGCUCACGGCUUUUUCGCUCUGGGACGGAUUUCAGCUAUAUAGCAGCAACAGUGUCAUCCAGGGUGCUACGAUGAUUCGAAGUCUCAAGGUGAGUCAAAAUUCUCCUGAGCGGGAUUUGAGCGGGUUCGCGCCGUUUGGAGGCUCCUGUAGUGACUGGCUGCUUUCUACCCCUUCGUCCGAUCCCACGAGCAGUUUGGCCAAGUGAGUCAGCUCCGUCAGAUUUUAUCAAACCUAUCAGAUGUGACUGAUCAACCGAAUUUGAUCUACUCUGGCAGUAUACAAAGGUAACGUCGCAUUCGUGAACGAUCUCACUGAACUACAAAAACUGACCACGAAGUUCCGCUCCUCAUCGGUAUUGCUGCAGGUCCCACCACGUGCAAUGUUUGUAAGUCGAAGGAGUACCAUUUCGAAAAGGAGACAGCUGUGCUCACGGGAAACCGACGAUCCGACCGUGUACUCCUUACAGACCGCUCAAUUCGUCGGCACCUUCGUCGGCUCGUUCAUCUCCUACGCCAUUGUGGGUGUCUGACCCUACCGCAAUUCAGUUGCCAAGCGUCAGCUUAAAAUUGUUCAGCUUUACUUUAUCAGAUGAACUGGAUCGUCGAUACGCACUCUGACGUGUUGCUCACUGUGGAAGGCACGAUUCAAUGGACUGGAAUGGGCGUGCAGUCAUUUAACGCGCAGGUAAGCCGCCUCACAGAGCCUAAUCUCGCCUUGCACCACUCUGAUCGGUCAUUUCCCUUUUAUUGUUGUGUUCCGGUGCCGUUCUACGUCGGUCAUCGACUAUUCCCCAAGCUUCACUUGAACCGCAUCGUCACUCCGGCGCUGUGCGCGGCUAUUGGCGUCCUCUCGGUAUGUAUCAGGCUGCACUCCAUCGUCCUGCAGAGUAUCUCGAUCUGAAGAUUCUAACCAACACUCUUGGACUCGUUAAAAGGCUGGAAUCACCUCGAGGCUCAUGUCCUACUUCUUCGUCGCCCUGUUUUCCUAA